AAUGAAUACAAAGUCAUCUAUCCCCACUUUCAUUCUAAAAACUUAUUAAAUGUUAGAAGUAUGUUAGUAUUUAACUAUUUCAGGAUCAAAAGAACACUAAUGUUAUUAGUUGGACCUCUUAAGGCACUGCAUUUAUAGUUUACAAUUAAAUUUUGCUGGAGAAAGAAGUUUUAUAGAAUUUCUUUAAGCACAGCAAUUAUUCGAGCUUUGUAAGGUAUCGAAAUCAGAAAUAUGAUUAUAGACAAUUGAAUUUAUAUAAUUUUAAAAAAGUGAAAUCAAAUGAAGGUUAAAUAUUCAAGCAUAAAUGCUUCCGCAAAGGCAUGAAGUAAUAUCAAAUAGUUAACUUAGAUCAAUGUUAUCAUUUAUCAAAAGAAAAAAUCAAGAUGAUUCAGUAGGAGGAUCUAAUACCCUGGUUCAAGAGGAGCCAAGUAUGUAUAUCAUAUUAAUCGUUUAGCCAUUCACAUCAAGGAAGAAUAGAAUCUAUUUAAGGAGUGUGCCAUUGACAUCAAAGAAACAAACAAUAAAUUAAAAGAGGAUAUGAAAUUAUUAUAAGAAACAUCAUCAUAUUUAAUUGAUUAAAUGCAAAAUCUUAAUCACGUAUUUAUUACAUUAGCCACAAUAGUUUGUUUAUAACUAAAGUGUAGACAUAGAAGUAAAAUUCAAAUAAGUAGGAUAAAUGUUGCACGCAAUCAAUGAAGAAUUGAGAUAAGAGAGUAAGAAUAUAAUAUAUAAAUGUAAGAUAAAAGUGAAACCAUUACAAACAAAUUUAUGGAUAAAAAAGAAGAAUCAUUUUAAGAAUCAAAAGUGGGUUCUCCAAAUCCCUAUGUGGAUUACAAUAGUAUCGCCCUAAACCCCUUAGAUUAUGAGUAUUUUAUUGACUCAUUUCUAUGA